AUGGUGAAUCAGGCCACAAAAUCAACUCCUGUUGAACAUCUAUUUGUCAUGGAAGAGGAAAAAGAUAAGCCCUUUGAUGAAGACCAGUCGAUGCGUCAAAUCAUGGCGGACUAUUUUUCAACCGAAGGUUUUGGUGUCAAAGUACCUCAAGAGCAAUUGCUUUCGAAAUAUGAUCAACGAGCAGUUGAGGUAAUGAAAAAUACAACCCAACAGAUCGAGCAGGGAUAUGAAAUCGGUUUGUUGUGGAAAGAGGAUGAGGUAAACUUUCCUAAUAGUUUCCCAGGCGCUUUAUCAAGGUUAUUAUCUCAAGAAAAGAGAAUGAAAAAUGAUUCUAACUUGAGAAAAUGGUACAACGAUAAAAUAGAUGAAUAUGUGGAAAAGGGAUACGCUAGGAAGCUCUCUCCAGCUGAUUCUGUUAAAUUAACCCCAACAACGUUUUAUUUACCACAUUUUGUAGUGGUAAAUGAGAAUAAACAGCAACGAAAACAUAGGUUGGUCUUUGAUGCUGCUGCUAAAUCUGAAGGAGUUUCCUUUAAUUCGAAACUCUUAACGGGUCCUGAUUCAACAGAGUCACUCUUAGGUAUUUUAAUUAGAUUUAGAGAGCAUCGAUUUGCUAUAUCUGGGGACAUCCAAGAAAUGUUCCAUAGAAUCGCUAUCCGUAAGGAGGAUCAGGAUUCCCAGAGAUUUUUGUUUCGAAAACGGAAUGAUGUGCCGCUUGAGGUGUAUGUAAUGCAAUCAAUGAUUUUUGGGGCAACAUGCUCACCAGCAUGUGCUCAGUAUGUAAAGAAUUUUAAUGCGCUAAAAUUCAAUGAUCAAUUUCCGGAUGCAGCUAAAGCCAUCAUAAAAAACCAUUACGUUGAUAAUUAUUUAGAUAGCUUUGAUAAUUUGGAUCAAGCUAUAAAAACAAUUCGAGACGUAAUUGACAUUCACGAAAAUGGUAACUUUAGAAUGAGAGAUUUUAUUUCAAACUCUAAGGAAAUUAUAAAGGCAAUACCGGAAGAUCGAGUAUCUGAUACGAAUAAUAUUUCAUUGGAACAUAUGGAGGAUUCCUAUGAAAAAAUUCUGGGAAUGAAUUGGGAUUUUAGAAAGGAUGUGUUUAAGAUUAACAUCAAAAUACCCGAGACGAUUCCAAUUAAGCUUACUAAAAGAAAUGUAUUGUCAAUAGCAAUGAAUAUUUAUGAUCCUUUAGGCCUAAUGUCGAAUAUAACUAUUCGAUCUCGAAUUUUAAUGCAAGAAAUUUGGAAAUCAGGCAUAGGAUGGGAUGAUGCAAUUUCAGAUAGUACGCAACAAAAAUGGUUUGAGUGGUUAGAACAGUUAAAAUGUUUUAAAGACCGCAGUUUCAAUAGGUGCUAUUCAAUUAGUUCUCAAAUAUUAAAACGAGAUUUACAUGUGUUUUGCGAUGCCUCAGAAGCUGCCUUUGCUUGUACGAUUUAUUUAGUAACAACACAUAAGAAUGGGGUAGAUACCUCUUUAUUAGCAGCGAAGGCGCGUGUAGCGCCGACAAAAACCUUAUCAAUCCCAAAGCUUGAGCUGCAAGCUGCAGUUUUGGGGUCGAGAUUGGUCAAUUCUAUUGUCAAGGAACUAAGGCCACCAAUCAAUCGCAUUACGUAUUGGUCUGAUUCAACUACCGUAUUGAGCUGGAUACAUUCUGAAUCCAGAAAGUAUAAAAUUUUUGUUCAACAUAGGGUUGGAGAAAUCUUAGAGACAUCAACUGAAAAACAAUGGCGUUAUGCUGACACGCGAAAUAACCCCGCAGAUGAGGGGACUAGGGAAAUCUCAAAAAAUUCCAUUUGGCUUAAGGGACCAUCAUUUUUAGAAGAGCCUGAAAAUAAUUGGCCUACUCGAAAGGGGUACGGUUCGACUGAUUUGGAACUUAGACCGAUGUAUCUUUUCCAAACCCAAGAUAAUGUUGAGGAUAUUGAUGAUAAGUGGAUAAACUGGUGUUCUGAUUGGACCCGAUUAAAAAGGGUAAUAUGCAAUGCCAAAAAAAUUACGAAGAAAUGGAAUAAAUCGGACUAUAAUCCGAUUGUAACUGCUCUGGACAUGAGAGAGGCAGAAUUAAUUUUGCUCAAAAAGGCCCAAAAGGAUGUUUAUAAUCAAGAAAUUUUUAAUCUCAGCAAAAAAUUACCUAUAGAAAGGGAUAGCCACAUCCUUAAUUUAGCUCCUUUCUUAGAUCAAGAUGGAAUUCUAAGAUUUAGAACUCGUUUUGAAAAUGCGAAUUGCAGUCCAUUUAAAGCACGGUAUCCUAUUAUUUUGCCGAGGAAACACCACAUAAUGAAUCAUGAAUAUUUUAAUCACCAAAAGGAGAAUACUAUAAUUGCGGAAAUAACGCAAAAAUAUCAUAUAAUACACAUUAAAGAAGCCGUAAGGAAAUUUAAAAGGAGUUGUCAAUUCUGCAAAAAUAAAAAUGCUCAAGCUAAUAUUCCAAUAAUGGCCGCAUUGCCACAAUGUAGGAUGCAGCCAUAUUUUAAACCAUUUACUUUGACUGGUGUUGAUUACUUUGGGCCUUAUAUCAUCUCAAUAGGAAGACGCACUGAAAAAAGAUGGGGUGCGUUAUUCACCUGUAUGACCACACGUGCUGUCUAUUUAGAUCUAGCUUAUGAUCUAAGCGCAGAUUCAUUCAUGGUGUGUCUAAACUCUCUCCAAAGUAGAAGAGGCAGGGUUUCCGAAUUAUAUAGCGAUAACGGUACUAAUUUCAUCGGAGCAUCGAACGAGUUAAAAGCCAUACAACAUCGACUAGCCGGGAAGGGAAUCGAUUGGCACUUUAUCCCCCCAGCUUCCCCCCAUUUCGGAGGAGCUUGGGAGAGAUUAGUUAAGGAAGUUAAGUCCUUACUCCCAAGUACGACUAUGCCUGAGCAUGUUUUACGUGGGUUAUUAGCUGUCGUCGAAAAUCAGAUAAAUAGUCGACCAUUAACAAAUAUUCCGAUAAAUUCAGAAGAUGACGAGCCACUGACACCAAACCAUUUCUUGUUCGGUUGUGUUGGAGACUCGGAAACUUCACUUGAUGAUGUAUCCAAAACCGAAGCUUCCAGACAGCAUUGGAAAAGAGUCCAAUAUCUGGCUAAACAGUUUUGGGACAGAUGGGUCAAGGAGUAUUUACCCACACUUGGAAAACGUUCCAAGUGGAAUUAUGAUUGUCCUCCGCUUAAGGUAGGCGAUAUUGUCAUGAUAAUGGAUGAGAAUCGAAAGGGGAAUUGGAAAAAGGGUGUAAUACAGGAAGUUCAUCCGUCGAAGGACGGACAGGUACGAUCGGCGAUCGUACAAACGCAAGACGGACAGACAAAAAGACCAGCCUGUAAAUUGACAGUGCUGGAUGUUGAACCUUCCGUAGAGGAGGAAGUGACAGUUAGCGAUGCGAAAACCAAAAAUAACUCUUCUACAGAGAGUUCCUUUGUCGGUUUUCAUGCGGAAAAAAGUCCAGUAUGCUCACCUACGCGUAAAUUAUCUUCGUCAAUAAUAAAUUCGAAGAUUGUCUUUGAGUUGGCAAGAAUUAAUCAAAGGGAGAAGAUCCCUUGGAGAGCUCCAAGUCGUCUGGAUUUAAAAAAAACCAGCGCGCAUUAA